CGCUGACUUACCCGCUUGGGUCUAGGCUUCUGAACCCCUUCCAGGCACUUCCGCAUUGGGUUGAUCAGGAACAAAGUGCAACGCUGCCUUCAGUCUAUGCUUCCAAUCCUGCUUGAGGUGCUUCAGGUUGUCAACUUCUCACUCUCGCUUGCCAUGGGUUAAUAGACGUGUCUCUGACGUCUCUUUCACACCUCAUUUUUCUUCCUAUUAUUAUAUUACUCCUUCGUUCAACAACCUUCACUCCUUCAGUUUCAUCCCCUAACCCCCUAAAGACAUUGACCGUAAUACCUAGUUUAUUACUUACCGUUCGUUUCCUACCCGCAUUGGGACAGGCAGAAGCCUCACAGAAGAACAUCCGGUCAAUUUCUCACAUUUGACUUGGACGGCCAGAACUUCUACUCAGCAGAUUUCCCCUGAUUUAUUCAGGCCUGAUUCAGGCCGUGCAUCCUCGAUCAAAAUGAUCCCUCAUCGGAGCACGGCUCUCAUUACCAUCGUCGUCUUUGUCGCCCUUGUCUUGGUUAUCUUCUCCUCCUCUCCAGUAACCGACCCAUCGACUGGCGAAGAAGUCUCCGGUCCGGCCAAAUAUGUCCCUCACCCGAAACUUCCUUCGUUAAAUAACCUGCAUCUGCCAUCGUUUCACCCGACAGUGCAUACCCCUCCGGAACCGCAACCCAACAGCACCAGCGGCGAGUCCAAGUGGUUCAGCGACUGGUCGUGGAUCAACCCUUUUUCGUCAUCUAUCACCCUCGAUGAAAACCGUUCCGUCCUCCCUCCUCUUAGAAACCGCCCAUUCAUCUACACGUACUACGAGCCCAACAAAGGAAACGACCGGGAGGAGGAUAAUGCGGACGCGCAGCUGCUUCUCGCCUGGCGCAGGGCUUGGUUUGCGCAGGGUUUCCGCCCCGUCAUUCUUGGCCCUGGGGAAGCCAUGAACAAUCAGCUUUACGAGCUUGUCCAGCCAUUGAGUCUGAAGCCGGAGCUUGAAAGUGAGCUGUUCCGGUGGCUAGCCUGGGGUCACAUGGGUGAUGGUAUGCUUGCGGAUUGGCACUGCUUUCCCAUGGCCCGAUACGAUAAUGCUCUUCUCACUUAUCUGCGUCGGGGCACUGAUCCCGCCCUUAUCACCCGCUUCGAUGGCUUCGGGAAUGCUUUAUUCUCUGGGGAGAAGUCGCGUAUCAACGAUGCAAUCAAGGAAGCUAUGAACAAGGUGGAUGACAAGUCCACCUCUCUGAUCGAUCUUCUCCCGACCGAGUUCUUCAAGGUGGAAGAGCCUAGCGCUUUGGCUCUGUAUGACUCGGCUGCCAUUACUAGCCACUACCCUACGGUUGCUGAGAGGAUUGUCUCUUCGCCUACUGCUGGGCGAUUGGCCUUGGCUGAGUUGAUCAAUGCCCACUUGCACAACACUUUCCAAAACUCCUUCCCUGCAGGCGUUGCUGUCUUGAAACCAUUUCCCGAGCAUACUACGGCUCUGGUGGAACCGUCCCUACGGCUUGCCAAAGCCCUGGUGCAAUGUCCUAGUUCUCCCGUUCCCCGCUCGUGCCCUCCGAACUCGCCGAAAUGUCAUCCCUGCGAUGCUGAAAAGCCCAUGCAGAUCAGCCAGCCAGCGACCUACAGGAAUACGACCCAAGUUUUCACGAUCGGGACUCUACCUCAUCCUUUUACCCUCAUUAGUCUGCAGCAGGAUUCCACCGAGGUCACAACGCGGCACAUUCGCCGCGAGACAGACCGUGAUGUAUGGUUGGCCGAAGUGACCAAAGAGCACCUCGGUACUGACAUCGGCGGUUCCGCGAGAGCUGUUGUGUUUAAGAGAGCCGUUGCCGAUGACGCCGUUGUAGGCACCUCGCUAUGGAUGACUGUCGAGUCGCUGCCUCCUCAGGCCGGGCAGUCUCUCCCGUCAAAGCUCUUGGACGAGUUUGAGUGGCAGUUUGGUUUCAAGAUCCCUCGUGAUGGCAAGGUCGAUGCAAAGAAUGAAGAAGAGAAGAAGGAAUCCGUCCAACAGGCCAACCCGAGUGAGCAAGGUGUUGAGAAGGAGUACGGAAUCCUGAAACAGGCACGAGAGUACCUGAAGGGCAAAGAUACCAACCGAAUUGGUAUUACUGAUGUGGCAGAGGCCUGGAACUUGGCAGACACGGAAGUCUGGCGGUUCGUGAGAGCAUACCGUGCGCGCAGCGUCGUAGAACGCAAGAAAUGGGAGGAAGAAGAAAAGGACUUCAUUGGAGCCAAGCCAAAAGUAUAAUUAAUGUCUUUUCUUAUCGCUCAUACUUAUAGACAUGUUAUCGCUAGUACCUGUUGGUGUACAUUGCUUCUCUUCGCUUGAACCGUCUAUUUACUAUCUUGGCCUGGGUGGCUUCGGCCAGAGCAUUGGGAGCGGCGUUAAUCGAUACCUAUUCUUCCUUUCUUGCUGUUGGUACUAGGCCCGCAAUCUCUUACUAUAUACUAUAUUGCUUUGCUAUUUCCAUUUCCCAGGAAUAUAAUCGAGACUCUACUAACUAGAUCGUAUAGAGUACUCACCACUAGUACUAGUUGGUUCACCGGGCACCAGUGAGAGUCGCCAGAUUAGUGAUCAGAUAACAUCUGCCGUAGGUUACCGCC